AUGGCGAAUAUUGGUGAUGAGACAGAUGAGGAGCUUACACGCCCCUCUGGAGCCACCGCCUCAGCGCAACCAUUUGGUCCUGCGCCCUUUGCACAGCCAACGCCUACAAAUCCUUUUCAGCCAACGAGCCCCACCAAUGCUGGAACUGAGAUUGCUAUGACAGCUGCCGACUUGAGAGUUCUUAUGCAACGCAUGUCAGAGGCUACGCAAGCUGCCAGUGCGGCUGCUCAAGCCGCCGCUUUUGCAAGCACUGCUCCAGGUUCCCGACCUAUGGGAGUUGGAGACCUUACCAAGGUUCUGCCGAAGCCUGAUCCAUUCCGGCCCACUACGCGUGAUGAGGAGUUUGCGCAAUGGCCUCAGUGGAGCUGGACGUUCGAACAGUAUUUAUCAUGCUUGGAUCAGAAUGGAUUUGAGGCCUGGAGGCUUCUCAGCAAGGAUCUUAUGCCAAAGACUCGCAAUCGCGUCUUAGCUUUGCUGCGAACAAUCAACAGCUGGCCGUCCUUUGCGGCCCAACAAGGACUUGCUCAGCAACUGCUGCGACUCGAGAGUGCCUUUGAGGAGUAUGAACGCCUCGAGCCAGGCGGACUUCCCGAGAACAACAAGAUGGCCACGCUCCUCAGCUGCUUGACAGGACAACUGCGCCAGCAUGCCAAUGUAGUCAUUUCUGAUGACAGCACGUACAGUGACCUCCGUGAACUUGUGCUGCGUUGGGAUGGUGCUAACACGAAGUGGCAAACCAGUGUUGCUUCGAGUUAUGGGCUGAGUGAUGGCAAGAAAGGUUUGCAUGACACCGGCGAUGUUGCGCCGAUGGAUGUAGACCGUGUGAACGCCAAAGGCGACAAAGGCAAGUAUGGCAAAGGCAGGCCCAAAGGCGGCAAAGGCGAUAAAGGCAAGGAUGGCAAAGGCAAGCCCAAAGGCAGCAAAGGCGAUACAGGCAAAGGCGACAAGGGCAAAGGCAAGGGAGGCAAGGACAAAGGUGGCCAUGCAAAGGGCAAUUGGCCCUCCGUGUGUGGUUGGUGCCAGAAGCCGGGGCACUACAAGAGGGACUGCUUCCAGUUCAAGGCCUACAUGCAAGGCCAUCAGAAAGGUGCCCGGCAGGUUCAGGCCAACUCUUCUGCAGCUUCCGAAGCUGGCACGAGCACGACUGCCCCGUCUUCUGCGAGUGCCCUUCAAGCCCAGCAAGGUAAGGCAGGACAGUCCACCGUUCGCCGUGUUGCGGCUGAGCCACUGCUUUUCGAUAUGUCUGACCUGGAGGAUCCGUUUCCGUAUGAGCCCAAUGUCUGUAUGAUUACUGUGACUGCGCCACAGAGCUUUGCAAUGGAUGCCCAGGAUGAUGACGAUCAGUGGACUCUGCCUCCUGAUGAUUAUGCUGUGCUUGACUUGGUUCGAUGUGCUUGCGCCACCCGCGGAGUGGCGCCGAAGUGCCCUUGCUGUUCAAAGGCUACUCCCUUGCAGUGA